AUGGCCAUCCUUGACUACGAGUACGACGCGCAGGCCAUCUCGCCCGAGAUUAAGCGCGGAAUUGACUUCCUCUACGAAGCUGCGGACCGCAAGGAGGCCGUGGAUGCCUGGGCUGGCUCGUUCAGCAAGGAAGGCAAGCUGAUCAAGGGCGAUUUCCAACCAGUCGGCGUUCCCGCUCUGCGAGAUUACAUGGCCGACAGCUGGAACAACACCGACUCGCGCGUCCACGACGUCAAGAAGGUGUCGGUGCUGCAGGCCUCCCCAUUGACGCUCAAGAUCGAGGGCGUCACAACCUACCAGCGAUCAACAGGCAAGGAGCAGCAGGGCACCUGGUCGGCCGAGCAGAGCUAUGUGAAGGAAGAUGGAAUGCAAAAAAUUUCCGAGUACAAGAUCAGCUUUAACAUGCUCUACUAG